AUGCGCACUCAAGUAAGGCUGUGUCGCGCACGAGACCAAAACGGUAAAUAAUAACGUCAGUAAAAAGCAACCAUUACGUUUAUUUUUUUGUUAUUGCGAGCUGAAUCGCUAGAACGUUUAACAGUAGAUCGAAUGAUAUUGUUUAAAAACGUAACGUUCAACACUGGCUUUUCUAGACUAAAAUGUGCGAUGAAAACGAGAGUUGUACUCGAAUUGAUACCGAUCAAACGAACCCCCAAUUAUCUCUAUCAGAUCUUCCAAUCGAGAUAUUUCUCCACAUCUGUUCCUUCCUAGAUGCAUCUACAUUAGUACAUGGCUUGAGUUUAGUGUGCAAACAAUUUCAUCAAAUUUUAAAUGAUAACUCACUGUGGAAAGUGAGGAUUACUAAGAUUUGGCCAGAUACUGGUUACCCAAUCUUGCCUCCUGUUGAAGAUGAUGAACUGUUUUGGAAGUUAUCAUGUGUUGCAUUGGAAAAACAAACAUCAUUAUGGAGAAAAGAAAAUAUCACUAUGGAGAAGUUAUCACUUAAUAAUGUACAAUACAGUACUAUUGAUGGCUUGUUAUUAAUGCAGGGUGGAAAUAUUUGUAUAUCAGGAGCUAGAGAUCGAUCCUUAGUGUAUUGGAAGCUUUCUACAAAAGAAAACGAGAUUGAAAGUUACACGAGUAUAGACUUUGCUCAUAAUGGAUGGAUUUGGGAUCUAGCAGCAAUAGAUAAUACAGUCUAUAGUUGCAGCUGGGAUCAAAGUGUCAAAGCAUGGACGCUUACUAGCACCGGUCUCGCUCACUUCAAAACUUAUGAGAUGAUCGUCGGAGGUGCUUUAUUGUGCGUUGCAUCAUGCCCAGAGUUAGGUCUUUUUGCUACAGGAUCAUUUUGUAAAACUAUAUUAGUGUUUGAUUCAAGAUUAUGCAAACCCAUUAUAAAUUACCAACCACAUAAAAGAGCUGUCAUUAAAUUGGCUAUGAGUUCUCACUUUAUUCUAUCGGCUAGUGAGGACAGGACAGUGUCUAUAUGGGAUCAAAGAGCAGGAAGAAUUAUGAAAAAUGUCACGAUUUCCCAGGAAUCAUUUCCUAUGAGUAUGUGCAUGCAACGGGACAUGAUUUAUGUAGGAGAUGGUAGUGCAAAACUGCAUGUACUUGAUCCAAGAAACGAUUUUAAACCUGUCAAACAUUACACCACUGAACAUAAGAAAGGUAUCAAUGGUGUUCAUUUUACACCUGGAUGUUUGAUCACGAGUUCUAUGGACCAAACGGUUCGAAUUUCCAGUCCUACUGAUCCUCCACAACAUCUCACUACCUUAAAGUCUAGUUAUGGUGAAAUAGCUAGUACGGAUUAUUUAAAUGACGUCCUCGCAGUUUCUGGUACAGAGGGAAUUGAAAUCUGGAGACCGAGGUCGCAAAUCCAAUAUGCAUAAAUAUGCCGAUAAAUUAAUGAUUUCUAUAAGCAUUUCGCUUUUUUAUGGUAUAUAUCCCACAAAUUUUAAUAAACGAAUGAAAUUAUAAAAAUGUAUAUGUAUACAUGAUAAAAUUUAAUAAAUGCUUUGCUAUA